AUGCCGCAAGGGGAUUACAUAGAGCGUCACCGAAGAGACUAUGGCUACCGCCUCGAUCACUUCGAGCGGAAGCGCAAGAAAGAGGCUCGGCAAGUUCACAAGCGCUCUGCAAUGGCUCAGAAGGCCCUUGGUAUCAAGGGAAAGAUUAUUGCCAAGAAAAAUUAUGCUGAAAAGGCGCAGAUGAAGAAGACUUUGGCCAUGCAUGAGGAGUCAACAUCUAGGCGCAAGGCCGAUGAUAAUGUUCAGGAUGGAGCCGUUCCUGCUUAUCUACUGGACCGUGAUAACACGACCAGAGCAAAGGUUCUCAGCAACACCAUUAAGCAAAAGAGGAAGGAGAAGGCUGGGAAGUGGGAUGUUCCUCUACCCAAGGUACGUCCUGUGGCUGAAGAUGAAAUGUUCAAAGUGGUCCGGACUGGUAAAAGAAAAACCAAGCAAUGGAAGAGGAUGGUUACUAAAGCUACAUUUGUUGGGCCUGGUUUUACCAGGAAGCCUCCAAAGUAUGAGCGAUUCAUUCGUCCAACAGGAUUGCGGUUCACCAAAGCCCAUGUCACUCAUCCUGAACUUAAAUGCACGUUUAAUCUAGAAAUAAUUGGAGUAAAGAAAAAUCCUAAUGGCCCUAUGUACACCUCCCUUGGUGUCAUGACCAAGGGAACUAUAAUUGAGGUGAAUGUUAGUGAACUUGGCCUUGUCACACCUGCGGGCAAAGUUGUGUGGGGAAAAUAUGCUCAGGUUACCAAUAAUCCAGAAAAUGAUGGUUGUAUAAAUGCGGUGUUACUUGUCUAA